AUGCCAUCACCCCAAUUAGAAGUUUGCAGUGCCGAUGUGGUCCGAUUAAUGGCUGACCUUAAUGACUGGCAAAAACUCGUUGUCCAGUUUGAAUGUGUUCUUACGUGGGAAAAGCCUCUGGUUCUAUUCUAUAUAAUCCUUGUUGUGACUGCGUUUCAUGCAUUAUUAUGGGCCUUUGAGCCACCCUUUCUUGUUUCAGUAGGAUAUCUUUCACUUAGCUUCAGUUUAUGGUGCUACUUUGGUCCAAGGCUGGCAAUUAGAUUUCUUCCAUCUGUUCCCAUCACUGAACGCAACCAGAGAUAUCGAGCUUUUUGCCGAAGAAUAUUAGAUGGUCGUCAACUUUUCAUAUUGGUCUAUCGUCAUAUAUCAGAUUUGAGGCAGCGAAGACCCUAUAUUUACACAAUCAUCUGCUUAUGCACCAUUCUCAAUAUGGAAAUUUUAACCUACUACUAUGAUGGAAUCCUGAUAUCAUAUAUGCUAACAAUUAUAUUCCUACUUACUCCGGGUAUUCGUCAUACGGGUUUAUUAAUGAUCAUUUACCUGCUAGUAAAGAAGUCUUUUCAUUUUGUUUGGCGGAUUAUUUCUCGGGCGGUUUCUUGCUUAUGGAUAUCUUCCUCCCAUAGAAGUGAUUAG